CACCGCACUGACAGGACGUUACCUCAGCUAUAGCUACAUUGUAAUAAACGCCUGUAACGAACAGCGUUGGUCAGAAAAAGUGCAUAAACGGUGUUUGAAUAUUACUCAAUAGGCUGGACCUUCUUUAACAAUUUUGGGACAUUAAAAAGGAUCUGCUUAAGUUGGCUGGACGAUUGUGGGAUAUUAAAACUUGAAGAUGCCAGCUGAUAUUUUGGAGAAAACAUCCCCAUCCUCUAUCGCAGCCACCCCGUCGAGUGUCAGUGGAACUCCGGAUAAACCAAGGACUGCCUCAGAGCACAGAAAGUCCUCAAAGCCAAUUAUGGAGAAGAGAAGACGCGCGCGAAUCAAUGACAGCCUUGGUCAGCUAAAGACCCUCAUCUUGGAUGCACUAAAGAAAGAUAGCUCGAGGCAUUCGAAGCUCGAGAAGGCGGACAUCCUUGAGAUGACUGUGAAGCACCUUAGGAAUAUGCAGCGUCUCCAAACUACUGCAGCUAUAAGCAGGGAUCCAUCAGUAUUUGGCAAAUACAGAGCGGGAUUCAGCGAAUGUAUGAGUGAAGUCACCCGUUUUCUGUCCACAUGUGGAGGGGUGAACACGGAGAUCAGGACCCGACUUCUCAGCCACUUAGCCGGCUGUGUGUCACAGAUAAACACCGUAAACUUCUCAACUCAAUGCCAGAUCCCCACCUACCCUCCGCAUCCAGCGCAUCCAUUGCGCGGCCAAGCCAUUGCGAAAAUCCCAAGUGCAUCUCCUCAGUUAAAUGGAAUAAUGCCUUGCAAAAGUGGCUCGCCUAUCAACCUCACAUCAGAAAUGGCUACAUUAUACAGUGGACUUCAAAUUGUGCCUGCGGCGACAGAUGGACAAUUCGCCAUUCUGAUUCCAAGCCUGGGUCUUGCGCAUAUGAGCGCGCCGAACGCGAUACAUGGCAAUCCAGCACUUGCGGUGGCUGUGUCACCUGUUGCGCCUCCCGUCACCGCAGACUCCGUGUGGAGACCAUGGUAGGGUCAACUGCGUGCAUUAGACUGAAGGACUUUUACGCACAGUGACGAAUUUUUUUACGGGAAGUAUUCCGUCAGAUAUUACAUUUACAUUUUUUACAUUUUACUUUUUUAUAUUUUCGUAUAGGCUGUUCAAAGCAAGACUCAAGAGUGCUGUUUACGCAGAUGUUGUUAUUCUUUGAUGGAGGAUACAGUACACCUUUCCAUUCGUUUUUUUUUCUAUUUGUAUGUCAGUGAUGUCAUGAAUAUGUGUUAUUGUUGUGAUGCUAAAUAUGAUUCAAAUGCCCAUAAAUGUCUUCCUUCAGGAAAUCAAUAAAUUCUUUAAAUGAAAUUGAAAUGCUUAACACCUCGAA